UCGCUGUGUCAGCCUCACGUGGGUAGUGGCACGGGGAGACGAGGGGGAGGAGGUGUCAGGAUGUGUCCCCGUGUCUUCCUCACGACGCCACCGACAAUGCUGCCCUCCAGAUCGUGGGUGACACUGGGAGACGGGGAGGAAGACGAGGACGCGGAGAAGGACGAGGUGGACGAGGUGGACGAGGAGGAGGAGGCGUCCCCGUGUCUCCAUGCUGCGACACAUCAAGAGGAGGGCCUCGGAGCCGGCCGUGGCUGGCGGCUCCGAGGCCCCGGAGGAGCCGGAGGGCCUCUCGGGCCCGGGGGCACUGGGAGGGCCAGCGAGGGCUGGGGCCCGGGCCGCCGGGAGGGCCCCGGUCAAGGCCCCGCGCGUGGCUCUUCUGGGCCUCCCCGGCGAGGAAUUCGUCACCUCGCGGAGGCCACGCGGCCCCUCACCCGGCCCGGACGAGGGCAGCGGCGGCAGAGAGGAGGAGGAGGAGGGUGGCGGUGGCGAGGGGACGUCCCUGGGGGAGAUCGAACUCCUCGGCGCGUCCACGUGGAUGCCGGGAGCUCCAGGGGCCUGCACCCUGGACUCCAGCCUCCUCCGCGGUGGUGGGACGCAGUGGCUCGCAGCGUACGCAGGGUCAAGCUUUGACCCCGAUGACCCCCGCGAGGGUGUGGCAACGUUGCACAGGAGGGGGGUGGACCUCAACUUCCUUGACCCCGACGACCUCUGUGACCUUGCCGACCGCGUGAUGACCCAGUCGCUGCCCGACCUCCUGUGGUCGUGCCACACGCCCUGCGCUGCCCGAGGAGGGGUUGACGCCGGUGGACAGCCCCCGGCGUGGUCCCUGGCGGCGGCGCCACGCGGAGGAGGGGGGAGAGGGGAGGGCGCUGAGGGCCCCAGGAAGUUGUCGCUCCCCCCGCAGCUGCUCCUCGACGUUCCCGCCACGCAGGAUGCGGGCCCGCGGCCCCGCACGCGGUCGCUCAGCGUGGCGCUGCCCGCGUCGCCGUGGCGAUCGGCAAGGGCCUCCGUCGUCAGCACCGUCGUCCUCAUCAAGGGUCGCGGCACGGGCCUGGGCUUCAGCAUCGUGGGCGGGCGCGACUCGACACGCGGCGUCAUGGGAAUCUUCGUGAAGACCGUCUUCCCCGGGGGGGCCGCUGCCAUGGAUGGCCGGCUGCGUGAGGGCGAUGAGCUGCUGGAGGUGAACGGGGAGCCCGUGCGCGGCCUCACCCACCUGCAGGCCAUCGCCACUUUCAAGCGGCUGCCCCGCGGCGUGGUGACGUUGGCUGUGCGCGCUCCUUUCUGCGGCGCCGCCACCUUUGACCUCGCCUUCGACGUGACCUUUGGCCUCACCCCGAGCUCCGGUCAUGUGACUGGGAAAGCGAGCGACCCCAUGGACCAGAUCGUCGUGGAGGUCACGCUUAUGAAAGAGCGAGGCGUGGGUCUCGGGAUCGGCGUGUGCUGUGUCUCAGCUGAGAGGGGCACGGGGGCAGCCGACCCCGAGAGGAGCCCGCGGGGGCCACGAGGGGCAGCAGGGCCCCCCAGGGUGUUCAUCCUCUCCCUCGCUCCGGGCUCCGCCGCUCAGCUCAGCGGGCGACUCAGGCGUGGUGACCAGGUGCUGGAGGUGGCCGGCCGCAGUCUGUGCCGUGCCGGCCGUGGUCUGGCCGAGGCAUUUGCGCUGCUGAGCGAGCGAGAGCCAGGGCCCGUGACCAUCCUCGUGAGCCGGCACACCGACCCCACGGUGUCGGAGCGAGCCAUGCACGAAGCCAUCCUGCGCCCCGGUGCCAGCUCUGCGGCGCUGGGGGCCGAGGUGGAGGCGUGGGGCGUUCCACACUCACGACCGGAUCCAACCCGCGGCUGGCAGGGGGUUCUACACUGCGACCAGGAGGCCGCCCCUCACUCCCAGCUCCUGCCGCUUCAUCCUCGUCGCCUAGCAACCGUCUCCCCGGACAACCGCUCCACUCUGCGGGGCCAUCCUCCUCCAUCCGCCUCUCCUCCUCCUCCUCCGCCUCCUCCCUCUCUCCCGGGCGCCGCCUGCGGCCCUGCGAGCCCCGGCGGCAGCAUGGGCAGCCAGCCUAGCGCGCCGCGCAAAGACGGCAAGGAGGGCCGGGAGGCCAAGGCCGUGGGAAAAACCAAAGCCAAGAAGCGCAAGGAGAAGGCCGUCCCCCGGGCGAGCGCCGCGGACGACCGUCACCGCCGCUCGCUGGACGUGAAGCCCCCCGGUGGGGGGGGGCCGGCGUGGCCGGGCGACGUCGCCGCCGGGCGCCGCCGCUCGGAGGUCGUCUCGGAGCGCCGGUACGCGGAGGUCGCCGAGCGGCCGUCUUCUCCGCGGGGGGCGGCGGCGGCGUGGCCGGGCGCGGAGAGCGUGCGCAUCACGCGGCAAGAGGACGAGAGCUUUGGCCUGGACGUGGAGGUGAAGUCGUCGCGGCCUGUGCGGGUCCUCGUCGUGAACCUCCACCUGGGGGGGGUGGCCGAGCGCGAGGUGGGCGGGCGGCUGCUGCCAGGAGACGAGAUCGUGGUGGCAAACGGCAUCGCCGUGGAGACGCUCUCGUACCAGGAGGCGCGGCAGCACCUGGCGCACCUGGCGCACUCCACCACGCUGGUGCUGACCAAGCGCACGCCCAGCGCCACCACCACCGCCCCUCUGCGGCCCUCCAGCGCGCCAGGAGUCGGAGGCGUGCGGAGACCGGCGCCGCCCGUGCCGGUGGCCGCCGGCCCCACCGGCCGCAGCGCGGGUGACUCGCCGGACGCGGGACCGCGAGCGCACAAUGGCGCCGCCGGCAGCGCCGGCAGUGCCGGCAGCGUGGGCAGCGUGAGCAGCGCGAGCAGCGAUCCGGCGUCGGAGCGCGCCGUACCGCCCGGCUCCUGGGCGCUGGCGCGUCGGUCUCCCGCCGGCACCACGACCACCGGCAGCAGCGGCGGGAGCAUCGGCAGCGACGGCGAAAGCGACGACAGCGACGUCGCUGUAGAGAGGGGCGCGUCACCCGGGAGAGGGGGAGCGGUGAGGGCGGCGAGGGCCGAGGGAGCGCCGCCGGGGGUGGCGGCGGUGCCCCCCGGGGGGAGCAGUGCCGGCGGCCGGCGGGGCUCGGGGUCUUCCGACCCGACCUCCGACUCGGAGGGGGAGUCGCUCGCGUCUGGACGAUCGGGACGGGAACGUUCGGAACGGGAAGAGGAGGAGGAACGGGGGCGCGGGGGGAGGGGGGAACUCCCGGAGGGCACGCGCGUGGGCCCGGCUCGGCCACGGCGAGAGAGGGAACGCCGGGAGGAGGAAAGCUCCAACAGCGAAGAGGAACGUUUGGAAGAGGAAUGCGUGGAGAGGGAAUGUUUAACAUUGGAACGUUUAGAAAAGGAGCGUUUGCAGAGGGAAAGCUUGAAAGAGGAACAGAAGCGUUUGGAAAGGGAACGUUUGGAGAGGGAUGAGGAGGAACAGGAGCGCGUGGCGAGGGGGGAACGCCCGGAGGGUACGCACGUGGGCCCGGCUCAUCCACACCGAGAAAGGGAACGCCGGGAAGAGGAUAGCUCGGACAGCGAAGAGGAACGUUUGGAAGAGGAAUGUGUGGAGAGGGAAUGUUUAACGUGGGAAUGCUUAGAAAAGGAGCGUUUGCAGAGGGAAAGCCUGAAAGAGGAACAGAAGCGUUUGGAAAGGGAACGUUUGGAGAGGGAACGUUUGGAGAGGGAUCGUUUGGAGAGGGAACGUUUGGAACAAGAACACUUGAAUAAAGAAGAGGAACGUUUGAACCAAGAACGCAUGGAACAGGAAUGUUUGGAGAGGGAACGCUUAGAAGAGGAAGAAGAACGUUUGGAAUGGGAACGCUUAGAAGAAGAACGUUUGGAGCAGGAACGCUUCGAGGAAGAGAGACGUUUGGAGAGGGAACGCUUUGAAGAACAACGUUUGAUCAAAGAACGUUUGGAGAGGGAACGCUUGAAAGAAGAACGUUUGGAGAGGGAACGCUUAGAGGAAGAGGAACAUUUGGAGAGGGAACGUGUGGAAUUGGAACGUUUGGAGAGGGAACGCUUCGAGGAAAAGGAACGUGUGGAGAGGGAGCGUUUGGAAUGGGAACGUGUGGAGAGGGAACGCUUAGAGGAAGAGGAACGUUUGGAGAAGGAACGCUUCGAGGAAGAGGAACGUGUGGAGAGGGAACGUGUGGAGAGGGAGUGUGUUGAGAGGGAGCGUGUGGAGAGGGAACGUGUGGAGAGGGAACGUUUGGAGAAGGAACGCUUUGAGGAAGAGGAACGUGUGGAGAAGGAGCGUGUGGAGAGGGAACGUGUGGAGAGGGAGCGUGUGGAGAGGGAACGUGUGGAGAGGGAGCGUGUGGAGAGGGAACGUGUGGAGAGGGAGCGUGUGGAGAGGGAGCGUGUGGAGAGGGAGCGUGUGGAGAAGGAGCGUGUGGAGAGGGAACGUGUGGAGAGGGAGCGUGUGGAGAGGGAGCGUGUGGAGAGGGAGCGUGUGGAGAGGGAGCGUGUGGAGAGGGAGCGUGUGGAGAGGGAGCGUGUGGAGAGGGAACGUGUGGAGAGGGAGCGUGUGGAGAGGGAGCGUGUGGAGAGGGAACGUUUUGAAGAGGAACUUUUGGAGCUGGAACUCUUAAAAGGGAGGGAUCGCAGCUCGUGGUCUGAUUUCAGUUCCAGGGAAGCUGGACCAAGAUCUGCAAAAUCCGAACCGGAGGAGUCCAGCGACUCGGACUCGGAUUCGGACCACGGGCGCCCGCCGGUGGGCCCAGCAGCCCCCGGGCAGCCGGGACCGCGGGAUGGGCCGGCGGUAGCGGCCAUGUAUGCCAACGCCGUGGACAGCACCGAGAGCAGCGACGACGACAACGACGAUGACGACAAUGACGAUGACGAGCUGGAGCUUUGCUGCCCUGUGGCGGCGCCCGUGUCGGGGUCCAGCGCGGCCAACGGGCCCGGCUCUUUCCCGACACCCGCUCAGCUCCACCUGCUGCUCUCACCCCGCCUCUCCUCCUCCUCCUCCACCUCCUCCACCUCGUCGUCGCUGGCUUCGUUAUCGCCGGUCGUGGCGGUCCGGGGUGCUCCGUCAUCGCCGCCGCCGCCGCCGCCGGUGGAGGGUAACUCAUUAACCGAAAUGGGCGGAGGGGGCCCGGCAGUGCCGCCCCAGGGUCAGAGUCUCCCCGAACGAGAGACUCUGUCGUCGCCUAGCGGAGGCGGCGGGCACACGGGCGCUGCGGCGGUGACGGCGGCGGUGAACGUUCGAGUGCCAGAAGCGAGCGGCGGCGGUGGCACCGUGGCACGGGCCAAGGCGGACGGAAUCGAGAUGUCCAAGCUGAAAGGCCUCGCUAUCAGGAGCGGUCCGAGCGCGGGGCCCACGGUGGCCCCCAGGGCCCCGGCGCCAUCUCUGCCGGGCCCCGUCACGUCCCUGCAGCUGCUGUCGCGACGGCUGCCGUCCCCGCUCUCCGUCGCUUCCGACGAGGACGAGGACGAGGACGGCCGCGGGAAACCACCUGAGUCCGCGGGGAGCGGCGGCAGCGAGGAGGCGGUGUCGCCCCGAGACAAAUCCGACGAAAUCCCGGAAGGAACCGGGCAUGGGAGAGGUAGCCCCAUGCCAGUGGAGGAAACCGAUUGGGCCUGUGGAUCCGGCGACGAAGGGGGGUCCCUGGAGGAGGGGCAGCGCGGGGAGGAGCACGACCCUUGCCGGCCGCCAAACGACGUCUGCGCCGCGGAGCCGAGCGGCGGCGACGCGGCGACGCCGAUGCCCGGCCUCGACUCGCCGAGCGGUGGAGGGGCGAGGAGCCUCCCGCCCAGCCCCCCGCCCAGCCCCCCGCCCAGCCCCCCGCCCAGCCCCCCGCCCAGCCCUCCGCCCAGCCCCCCUCCGAGCCCCCCUCUGCAGCGGCGCGAGUCCAACGGCUACUCCGAUGCGUCGGCAUCUCCGCCCAACGGCCGGGCGUCCCCUGCAGGGGAGGUCGAGCCGGAAUCGCGCAGCCCCCCGCUCCCCCCACAAACCCCGCUCCCCCCACAAAGCCCCCCGCUCCUCCCACACAGCCCCCCGCGGUCACCUCCAGCGGUUCUCCCGCAGGAGCCUCUGUUCGGUACUCCGUCCCGCACUCCUCAAGGGCCCGCACCCAGCCCCCCACAUUCACCACCGCCCAGCCUCUCUCGGGGCCUCCACGCAAGCCCCCCUCGGGGCUCGCCACCAGGCUCGCCCCCUCGCAGCCUCUCGCCGUUCACUGACCAGGAUCUGGUCGCCGUGACGUCGACGCGACCGCAGGAGCGUUGGGAACGCGAUGGCGCCGUGGUCCCCCGGGGCCCACCCACCAUUUCCUCGUCACUUCCAUCGUUACCGCGGUCACCGGGCCAACGCGUGGCUUCCUCGGGGAGCGACUCGUCCGGGGAGCAGGAGGUGCGGGUCCAGGAGAAGAAGCCACGGGCGUCCUCCCCUUUUAAAGAGGCGUCCGCUCCGGACGCAGUCAUCCAUGACGCGAGGCCCAGAGCCGGUGGCAGCCACAGCGGCGACGACGACGACGAAGUGGACUGGAAGCAGCGUGGGGCGAAGCCAGCUAGAGGGGGAGAUGCCCCCCACUUUGGCAGCCCUCCGGGGACGACCUGGACGGCGCAGGAGCCAGCAGCUCCGAGCGAGCGGCCCCCGGUGCUUCCUCGGCGCCGACCUCCGCUGCCCGCGGGGCUGACCCCGAGCGCCGCGGCCGAUCUCCCCGAGACGCGGGGCGAGGGCGCGGACCCGGACUUCGAGUUGGAGGAAGCCGCCUACCGCCCGCAGUCGGUGUGGCAGAGGGUCCGCUCCUACGAGGUCCUCGGCGUCUCGGCGCCGCGCCGGCCCAGUGCCAAGGACGCCACCGCCGCAUCCGCCGGUCGCGUCUGGCCGCCCAAGCGCCGCGACUCGAUCGACGAGCCGGAUGGCAGCGGCGGGAGCGCGGCGGGUGACUCAGUGGACUUGGGGCGUGGGUCCACCAGCCCGGCGUUGUCCCUCGACGAGGCGCGGGCCGGGGCGUGGCCGGCGCCGGUCGCUCGCCCGCACACCGGUGCCGGUGCCGGCCCCGCCGAGUCGGGCCGCAAAGAUGGCCGAGAGUCGGAGGCCAAAAUUGGAAACUACAUCUUCCGGUCGGCAGGAAAACCGAAGCCGGACGGCACGGUGGCGUGGCCGCCCCGGGACGGCGACACGCUGGUGGUGCACGCACGGCCCGUCGUCAUCGUCGAGAAGGAGGCGGCCGUGCGGGGUGCUGAUGGCGACGGCCGUGCGGGCGGGAAGCAGAAGGUGGAAGUUGGCGGCGGGGAGAGAAGGGGUUUCACUGGGAGCCUCGGGUUCGACCACGGCGCCGCCACACGGGCCAAGAGCCUGCCCAGCUUGCUGGAUGACGCCGACACCGGCCGGAGGCCCGCGCCAGAGACCGCCGUCCCGCAGAGAUCUGCGGCGGGGCCCGGCAGCUUGGGCGACGGCAGGCGGGAGAGCUGGCGGUGGAGCGUGGCGGAAGGGGCCCUGACGCGGAGCUCCACCGUGGGACCCAGCAAGAACUGGCGGUGGAGCGGGGCGUACGACGUGGGACGGAGCAGCGGCGCUGAGGUGGAACCGAGCUGGUCCAUGAGUCUGCUGGAGCUGGAGAGUUGUGCGCCACACGAGGGGCGCCGGGCACUCGUGACGUCGCUCGUCCCAUGGGACCACGUGCAGCAGCUGAUCGCACAGGCCGAGGAGUGCGGAGCCACUCAGGUGUUGACCGACACGAGGGUCGUGGUUCUGCACAAGGAGGAGGGGGCGGGGCUGGGCUUCAGCAUCGCCGGGGGCCACGACAUGGAGACCAAACUGAUCACUGUCCACCGCGUGUUCUCCGAGGGUGUGUCUGCGCGGGAGGGCUCCAUCCGACGGGGGGACCAGCUUGUGAGCGUGGGGGGCCGCGCCCUGGCCGGCGCUUCGCACGGCGACGCGCUAACGCUGCUGCACGCGGCGCGGCUGCCCCCCUCCGUGGUGGUGAUCGUGCGCCGGACCCCGCUCUCGUCGCCGGUGCUUCUGCCGACGGCAUCGCCAACGGGAGCACCGGGUUUCAGGCCCGGAGGCCGCAGCGCCGCCGCCGUUGCCAGCGUCAUCACGGCAGCACUGUCUGCCGCCCCCCCAGACCCCCAGGGCCACGUCUUCACCGUGACCAUAGAGACCGCGACCUCGGGCCUGGGCCUGAGCCUGCAGGGUGGCCGUGGCUCCGUGCUCGGGGACCAGCCAAUCACCAUCAAGAAAGUCUUCCACGGUGGCGCAGCGGAGACGAGUGGCAAGGUGCGCGAGGGCGACGAGGUGCUGCAGUUCUGCGAGAGGGACCUGCGGGGGAUGACGAAGUUCGACGCCUGGAACCUCGUCAAGUCGGCGCCUCCGGGGCCCGUGACGCUCACGCUGCGGAGAGGGGGCGGGGGGGGCGCGGCUCGGCCUUGAGACGGAGCAGCUCACGCUCCGCACCACAUUCCGUGCCAAACCACACCGCGCCGCACCACACGCCUCACCACGCACCUCACCACGCACCUCACCGAACCACACCUCACACACGAUACCACAUCACUCUGAACCACACCAAACCCACACGCUAAACCACACUGCUCCACGCCACACAAAACCACACCGUGCCACACCUCACACGCCAAACUGCACCACGCCACACCAAAUCACACCGCACGAGUCUAACUGGCUCUGCUCCUUGCGCCCUGUUACUGUUCAUUCAGCCAGCCGCGCAGCACCCUGCAGUCCUCACUACCCCACCAGCACCCUCCCUUGCCAUCAUCACCACCGUCGGGCAGCCACCUGUCACGCUGCCUCCACUUUGUGGAGACGACGGCGGCGUGCUGCCCUCUGCUGGGGCUAAAGCUGCCGGCGGCCAUUCCUGGCUGCCACUGCCAGGCAGCGACAGUCUCGGCCGGUGUGCGCGUCGCGGUGUGUGCGUCACGGUGUGCGCGUCGCGGUGUGUGCGGCACCGACCGUAGAGGGGCAUCGUUUUUUACGGAGCUGCAGGGUCAACGUCGGCCUUGGGACCUUCACUGUCAUCGGCAACCUCGUCUCCGUCGAGGGCGGGACCGGUAGCCACCGCGAAGGGUUUCGCGGUGCCGUCGUGGUUUUGGCAGGGCGCUCUGAUCGACGUUUUCUCGGGUUGUACCGCUAAGCGUCGUUCGGCACGAUGUCCGUCGUUCCGCUCCGCGUGCCAGUCACUUCAGGAAGGAAGUUCAAAAAGGAGUUUGUGAAAAAACUGCCGGCACGCGACAGGCGAAUUGUCGGACAUCACGCCCGGCAAUGCAUGGCGGUAGAACCAGAAAGCUCCCCGGAGAGCAGUGACGUUACUCUGCGGAGCGGUGGUGGUGGUGGGGGUGGUGGGGGGGCGCAGGAGUAACAGCGGCCCGUGUGACUCUCACUCGCGACGCACGCUCUUGCCAAAGUGUGAUCAUUGCCUGGGGGAAUGGGAGAAGCCACGGGGGCACUCGGGUGACGAAGGCAUUCAGACGGCGAUGCGUCGCGUUCAAUUGAGAACGAUCGUCCUUGUGCAAUAAGUCACGGGGGGUGGGGUCGGGUGGGGAGAGUGGUCACUCUCACCGCACGUAUUUAUGUUCGGUUUUGUUCACGUGCAGAAUCAAUGGGGCAGGUUGGGCCGCAUGGCAGCGGUGGGGGUCCCCGGUGAGGUCGUCCUCCGUUGACCCUUGGGGGGGGGGGGGGGUGUGGAGUGUUUGUGGGGGCAGCUGUCGGUCAGUGAUGGGCUAUUUGAUGGCCCAACCAUUGGUGGAUUGGGUCACUGCACUAAUCAGAAUUUUUGCCGGGUCGGCACCACACUCCGGGCCCAAGUGAAUCUGUGCGGCGCAACCUCGUACACACGGUAAUCACCUCCCCUACUGUCAACAGACUUGCGCCCCAGGUCACUCUGCAAUGAGACUCAUUCUGGUCUCUUGCGUUCUCACCUGGUUACACAAACCAACCCGAACCGUAACCCACACCCGAGUGAACGACGACGUAUGAUUUGCGGUUGCUCUCCGAUUCCUCUUGGUGCAAUUCCUCGUGCGUGCCUGGGCGCCCUGCAUCCCGUGUCGAGCGGCCCCACAUCCCGUGUUCCGUGUCGAGCGGCCCCACGUCCCGUGUCCCACGUCCCCUGUCCCGUGUUCCAUGUCCUGUGUUCCGUGUCGAGCGGCCGUGCGCUCUGGACCCUUGUGGCACCGCGGGGCGAUUCACAGCGGUCCACGCGCAUCUCUGUCGCUGCGUCGCUCUGGAGAUUUUCACUCGGGAAAAUUAGAGUUUUCCAAAAAGCGCUCCAACCCCCUCCUCCUUCGUCCGCCUUUUCAGUUCAUCAUUUCGACCCCGGUUCCUCCUCUGGCAGCCGCUGCCCUAGGCUCGUGCUCCUCUGGUGUUUUCCAGCUGUGGCCGACCGGCGCUCACCCUCCACGGUGACGAGGAGAUGUUAUCUCCCUUGUCUGGUGCGCAGGAGGAGGUAGCAGGUUCGAUCCGGGACCCCGACGAUGCCUGUUGUAUAUUUGGUGGUCACGAAGAUCGUUCUCCGGGUUCCUCCGAUUUUGCCCCCCCCACUCUCUACAUUUAGAAACACGCGUUUAGAUUAUUUGGCUGCUCUAGAUUAUCACGUGUGAUAAGCUACUGUGAUGAGCUCUCAUGCGUGGCCAGCUCACCUCUGAACAAGAGCUCAUCGCUUGGUGGGCUUUAUCUGGGAAAUUAAAUAGUUCAGAGUUUAUUAUAGUUGUAUCUUGAGCCAAACAUUGCGGCCUCCUUUGCUGCUAAGGCCUUCGGUCGCUCCGUGCUGAACCACAUCCACCGCGUGUCGUGACGACCACGUCGUUGAGAAGUCUCCGUGAAGGGUGGUAACACUUUCACCGUUUGUGUUUAUGCCAAUAUCUCCAAUACAAUGUUCGGAAAAGCACCGAACGUCACUGUGACGUAUCUGCCAAAGUUACUGAUUGCAAUUCGCGCGGCGGUCUCGAGUACCGCCUUGGUCACGUGUGUUUCUAUUGACUCAAGUGACCGCGGCCCAGUGGGAGCGCUUUCGACCUGCUUGUUACUGCGCUUCGCGGUGCUGUUUGGGAAGGCCGCCCUCGUUAAUCGCGCGGUGUCUGUGUGUUAACCAUAAAAUACCACGACGCGCCCUCUGCUUCACUCGCAGUGGCCGUUAACGGUCCCGUGACAUGAUUCGAAACGAGUUGGCUGCCCGUUGUGUGCGAUCCAAAUUUGAAAAAUAUCUCCCAACUGAAUUCACUCAAUUGAAAUUCCGCACGGCAACAUCGCCCCCUACCGCUAAACUACCGCAGCCUGUGCCUAUGAACCGCAGCAGUGUCUUCCUUCGCGCUCUGAGAACGAUAGCGCCCGCACCAAAUCUACUAACUUAUAACGAUGAUUGCAGGUGGUUGGUCGUACGUAGAUGAUCGUCAGUGCUAUGCAUUUCUUGUGGUCAAGAUGAAUAUCUGCGACUGGAUCGUGCGGCGAACACUUUGAGCGUCGUGACAGAUCGGUGUGGGGAUUUGGACGGUGAGCAGCAGGCGGGCUUGGUGAAGCGUCUCGGAAUCGCGAGAGGUGGCGGCCGCGGCAUUGAGAGGCCUUCAUCCAGCAGUGCACAAAACGCAGUUCACUUUGUUGUCCUUCCCUCGCACCUCCGAUUAGUACGGUUUCCUAUGUGCGGUGCGAAAGUACCGCUGAUUGAUGUUUAUGAUGAUGUUGACGGUACAAGAUGGACCGAUUGCCACCUGCAGCCCCCAGGGGAUGGCUUUUUGAAAGCGGCUGAUGGCAACCUGCCCCUCAUAAUUUAUAUUGAGUUUAAUCUGUGUUCAUUCUAUACAUCACGGUGAUGUCGUUCGUGCGAAUCGCGUCUUUCACAAUCGUCAAGGAAGAACCACAGACGAGCGGGAAAGCAGCAGCAGCCACGCGCUAAGGAUCCAGCACUUCCAACAAUCCCCCAAGAUCUGCGGUCCUCUGUACAUUCAGAUGUUUUAAGCCAAAUGAAUGAGUGUUUAGACACGUGGGAGGAUACCAGGGCGCCCAGAGAAAACUAACGCGUGCGAGAGGGCAACACUCUCCCAUCAUACAGAAGGCACAGAUGAUAGUCCAAACUUGUACCGCCUUGUGCGGAGCCACGGAAGGGAGUUUCGCUAAAUCUGCAGCGCCGCGUUCCAGGCUGCCACGUGCAGCGUAGCGCCCACCACCACCUCCCGGCCCAUCCUGUGGGCAGCAUCGACUGAUUGCAAGCCUGCCGUCACUUUAAUUUGACUACAGCAAUUAUGCAAAUUUUGGCUACAAAUUACACGUCCCCAGGCGGCCACACCUGAUAGCCAACCGGCUGUUUGCAAUGAUCCCCGUGUGUGUGGGGAAUGCCCGCGGUGUUGACAUGAUCCGCUGUAUGCCGCGAGCAGGCUGUCCGCGACCAAUGUCGUGUAACGGCGGGGGCAACGUUGGGCCAAGCACAUGCAACGUUGGCUCUGACGUUGCAUGUUUACUGGGAGGUUUUUUUGAAUGUGUUUAGCUAAUUUAUCCUGAGCCCCACUUUGCUGCCGCCUUUGUUCAGUUCCUCUUGCGUUGCGUCUGCUUGCGUGUGGGGAGGUGAGAUAAUCUGAUGGCCGAUGGAUUGCCCAGGGGUAGCAGCGAGGUGGAUCGCUCCUGCUGCUCCUGCUGCUGCUGCUGGCUCCUGCUGCUGCUGGUUCCUGCUGCUGCUGGCUCCUGCUGCUGCUGGCUCCUGCUGCUGCUGGCUCCUGCUGCUGCUGGCUCCUGCUGCUGCUGGUUCCUGCUGCUGCUGGCUCCUGCUGCUGCUGGUUCCUGCUGCUGCUGGCUCCUGCUGCUGCUGGUUCCUGCUGCUGCUGGCUCCUGCUGCUGCUGGCUCCUGCUGCUGCUGCUGCUCCCGCUGCUCCCGCUGCUCCUGCUGCUCCUGCUGCUGCUCCCGCUGCUCUGCACCGGUCACGUGGCUAGGGGACUGGCUCCUCGUCACGUCAGCCUCUCAUCAGUCCUCUUGUUGUCCAUUGCCACUCGGCUGUUAUGGUCGUGGUGCACAAGGGCAACCAACAAAACAACUCGACACAUUGCGACUCGCGCUCAGACUUUGUUUCAGCCGGUGAUGUCCCAUUGAGCAAAGCUGCUCUGCCUCAAGGACGGGCCAAAUACCCUCGGCAGUGGCAGCAGCCACAGGAUUUUGCAUUAAUAUCGAGACGCAUAGAGUUACACACAGAGACCCAUAUAGUUACACACAGAGACCCAUAGAGUUACACACAGAGACCCAUAGAGUUACACACAGAGACCCAUAGAGUUACACACAGAGACCCAUAGAGUUACACACAGAGACCCAUAGAGUUACACAGAGACCCAUAGAGUUACACAGAGACCCAUAGAGUUACACAGACUCGUAUAAUUACACAGAUACUCAGAGUUACACAGAGACUCACAGGGUGAGACUGCGGCCCAGAGGCCACGGCCCAAGACCGUCAGCAGCGAUGGUAGCUCCAGGACAUCGCAGGGUGGAUGGAACGCGUCGACUCUGCAGAACAACAGACACAUGGUUGACACGAAACCCGCGCCACAACUCACUACAGAGACGAAAGGACUCGGUCACUUACACUGCCAUAAACCGACGUAUGCGCUGUGAAGAAGGGCACUUGCCCGAAACGUCGACUAUUCCUGUAGAUGUUUCCUAUUGAGUCCGCGCGCGGUAUGGAGGUGAAUGUGUUGGGGGGGGUAGAUGUGUGGUUGUCGGUCGCACCGCCCGUGACCCCGCACGCAGUGGCCACAGGCGGCCACUAGGGGGUGAUAAACCACAACCUCGGCUCAUCCGUUCUCAGACCCUUGUCCGGUUUCUCAAAGCGAGUUAACCGGUAACCCGUUUGCAGUGGGUCGUGAGUGGCGAUCGGCAACGCGGGGUCGCGUCCACACGGCGCGUUUCUCAGGUUCAUCGGUUGAAGCAUCCAAACGUGUCAACGCGUUUAGAUUGAUCGGCAUCUGUGUGUCGCUGCCAAUCGGUUUUUACCGGAGCUUUUUUUCCUUUGGUUACCGGUUAAUGCAACAACGACCAAGACAAAAAUGCCGACGUUCGCGACCCCCUAAUGACCACUCGCGGUGUACGUGGCCUGGACUCCGAGUUUUGUUUUCGGUUUUUUAUUAUAUUUUCUUCUGAAUUUUGCGGGGAGAUGAGCCCCCGCGGGGCGGGUGGCCAGCACCACGCCCGGGGCCGCCUUUGUCUCCCCAGUGCUGAUGUUUAAAAUAAAAUACAUCAGCACUGGUCUUAGAGUGGGAAUCGAACCCGGAUUCGUAGCGCAGUGCGCUAACCACUGCCCCACCGCUCCCAAUCACCACCACUCCUGAUGUUCGAUUGUGCACCGGAGCCCCUGGGAUGAGAGAGAGAUGCACUGCAUUGUUUUAUUUAGCCGUGGUCAACACCAGUGAUUAAUUCACGCAUAAUGGACACUGCUGUGAUUCACUUGCAACGCCACGCUUCAGACUGUAAUAUAUAUAACCUCGGAAAACGAUGGUAAUGAUAAUUAUAAUAAAAGAUCACACUGC